AUGUAUCACAGGCAGACAUUUGGACACUUCUACAAAUCCAAACUGAGCACAGUGGAAGUAGAACUGGAAGUGCUUCUAGACCUGCUGGGAUUCUGUUGUAAGAAGCAGCCUCUUCACCUGGACUCGAGGAUGAUGCUCAAGAAGGUCCGCUUCAAGGAUCUUCAUGUGUCAGAGGRCAUGAUCGACAACGCAGUGGAUAUGGACAGUCUGAACAGGAACUUGCCUGAAUGCGGAUGGCAGACCCAUAAGGUGUUACAGAGGUCCAGGCAGAGCGCCCCCAUCUGGUCAGUCUGGCAGUGGCCGUCUCAGUACGGCCAUCACACUGCUGCCCUUCCCGAAGGUAGGACCACGUUGGGACAUGGGGCGAUGGACAUCAGCAUCCAGGGCCCAGGAGUUGCCGCCCAGCACUGCUACAUAGAGAACCGGGCAGGGAUCAUCACUCUCCACCCCUGUGGGAACCAGUGUGCCAUAGACGGGCUUCCUGUCACCAAACCGGUCCGCCUGUCACAAGGUUGUAUGCUGUGUUUUGGCCAGUCGGCUUUUUUCCGCUUCAACCACCCAGAGGAGGCGUUCAGGAUGAAGAGCAUGAUGCCAGAGGGAAGCAGGGGCUCUGGUGGGAACUACAGAAUUCACUCAGAUACAGUGAGCCUGGUCAAUGGGAACCAUCAGUCAGGAGCGUCCCAGUCGCGCCACCCAGCCCCCGGGGAGAGAGACUCCCGCUCCGAGCAUAGUGCCAUCGUCAGCUCCAUCGAAAAGGACCUCCAGGACAUCAUGGACUCCCUAGUCAUGGAUGAUCCCCAGCCUUCCUCUUCAGACCACCCCAUCCCCCACUCCCCGCUGUCCCCCAUGGUCAACGGAGGAGGCCGAUACCUCCUCUCCCCUCCCACCAGCCCAGGAGCCAUGUCGGUGGGCUCCAGCUAUGAGAACACCUCCCCACCCUUCUCCCCCCUGUCCUCUCCCUCGGCGGCCAGCAGCGCAGACAGCUACACCAGCCCUUCUCCCAGCGGCUGCCUGGACCCCCAGGACCCAUCCCUGCCCCCCGUGCCGGUCCGCUCAUCCAGCUACAACUACACAACUACACCACCCAUCCCCCAGCCAAGGACCAUMMUGACMAACUACAGCCCYGGCGGYGGGGUGCAGAGGGUYYCUGAGAGCCCYAGGCWCCAGAGGAAAKGUCUCCUGGARGCCCCCCAGAGCCCCAAGCYRGCCCGCAGAGGCCAGAGCCUGGACAGCCCAGGGGGGGUGGGUUCAGAGAGCCCUAGACUGACCCACCUAUCUGUUGCCUCAGCCGAUGCCGGGUACAUGGGCAUGGGCAGGAACGCAGUGCCAAGUAGCCCCAGACUCACGGCCAAGUUCCCCUACACCUCCACGUCCUCCUCCUCAUCCAGUCCCAGGACGAAAGCGGGCACCAUCCUCCAGGAGCGCCCGGCCAGCCCCUUCAGAGAGCAAGCGGACCACUCCCUCACUUCCAGCCCCUCCAGACAGCUGCUAUCCCAGCCCGGCAGGGCCUUUCAGCCUCCCCUGGACCCCAUCGUCCACAUCAUCCAGGGGGGCUCUCCACUCCAGCAGCACCACCCCUUCCCCCACCCCCGCACGCUGCAGCCCCCAGAGAGCCCUCGACUGUCUCGCAGGAACCUUGAGCUCAGCAGCGGCGGCAGCAGCAUGAAGGAGCUCCCACCUCUCAGCCCCUCCAUGGCUCGCAGAGGGGUGCCUGUUCUCCCGGGGGCUCUCCCUGGAAGUAUCCCCACGUUGAGAACGCCUGAGAGCCCAUCAUCAUCAUCAUUGGGGAAGUUGGGAGUCCCGGAGAGCCCCAGGCUCCUACGCAAGGCCGGGUCCCCCGCGGAGGACCAGUUUGGCAGCAGUGUGGUCCGAGCCCGCAGCCCCUCCCCCACAUCAGGGUUGAUGAUGAUGGAGAGUGGGGGAGGGGGAAGGAAGGCCAGCUUUGGGAACGCCCUCUCCCCUGCUUACAGCCUGGGCUCUCUGCCUGGCUCCUCGCCUCUCGCCAGCCCCAGGGGCCAUAGGAAGAUGUCUGGGGGCCCCCGGGAUCAGAGGGGCCCCCACCCGGGCAUGCGGGAGCGCAAAAACAGCAUCUCUGAGAUCAGCGACAACGAGGACGAGCUGUUGGAGUACCACCGGCGCCAGAGAGAGGAGAGGCUCAGGGAGCAGGAGAUGGAGAGACUGGAGAGGCAGAGGCUGGAGACCAUCCUGAACCUGUGUGCCGAGUACAACAAGGGCGACGGGCCCUUGGGGGGUGAGGCAGAGGGGAGGAUGGGCUUCCCUGGGGGCCUGGGACCGGGGGAGGGGGMGGCCAGGAGACCCUCUAUGGACAGCUUGGCAGGGUCCAGCUCACUGCAUCGUAGCAUGGCCCAUAGACAGCAGAGGGAGAGCGACGAGGAGAACCUCAAGGAGGAGUGCAGCAGUACAGAGAGCACCCAUCAGGAGGUGAGGAUGCCACUUCCUCCCCAGGCCCUCCACAAUGGAGACCGAUACCAGCAUGAAGAGCAGUCUGUUUCUGGCGGCCCGGGGCGGACAGAGCUGGGUUACUUGGAGGACGAGAGAGUCAGAGUGCUGGCCCGAGUCGACGAGCUCAAAUCACGAAUUACAGAGCUGGAGCAACAGCUACAGGAGUCCAAGCAGGAGGCGGAGAUGGAGCGGGCCCUGCUGCAGGGGGAGAGGCAGGCGGAACUGGACCAGAUAGAGGCAGAGACGGAGAUCAUCGGACAGCUGCAACACAAGCGCAACGAGCUAGAGAACGCCAUCCAGAGGGAGAAAGACAAGGCAUUGCCAAAUCCUGGAUGGCUUCCCAAGACCGUAUCUAGUUGGUUUUGCCAUCCCAAGGAGAGGGCAAAUGUUGACGCAGAGCGCCGAGCCCUGGCGAGCCUCCAGGAGGGCUACAGUGAGCUGAAGAACCAGCUUCAUAACUGCCCCGAGUCACUGAGGGAGCAGUUACACGAACAGCUCAAAAGGGAGUGCGAGACCCUGGAGUCAGAGACAAAGCAGUUUGAGGACCUGGAGUUCCAGCAGCUGGAGAGGGAAAGCAGCCUGGAGGAGGAGAGGGAGACCAUCAGCCAGCAGCUGCUGCAGGAAAGGGCUGAGUACCACACCAGCGUGGCCAAGAGGAAGGACAAGGUGGCAGCUCUGGAAGGCCAGGCCAGUCAGCUGGGACAGCAGGCGUCUCAGGAGUGUGACAGGCUGGCUAAGGACAGGAACCUUACCCUGCAGAUGCUCCAUAAGGAGAAAGAGAGACUAUCGGCCCUGGAGAAGAGGUACCUCAGCCUUACUGGAGGAAGGUCUUUCCCUAAGAGUUCCAGCACCAUGAAAGAGGAGUACAUGAAGCUCUCGGAUGUCUAUAGGAUGUAUGAGAGAGAUUGCCAUGACACCCAACUCACCACCUCUGCUCAGCACGGCCUCUCGCUCAUCCUAGACGCAGCUGUCCCCUGCGAGGAGUAUUUGACUGUGGGCCAGUUAACUCAGAUCUUUGGGAUGCCGAAGGUCGAGUCCUCCCCUACCUCUCCUCUCCGGCCCCUCCAGUCAGGAGCGGGAGACCCUGCCUUCUCCUGCCUCUCCGUUCCUCACGGUUCCUCCCUCUCUCUCUCUGUUGAGUACCAGCCUGAGCGCAGUAGGCCUCAAAUCCCCACUCUUGAUUUAGAGCAGUGGUACCAGGAGGUGAUGGCUGCUGGGGAGAGCAGCCAUCUCUGCCCCCCUCUCCCAGCUAAAUCGCUCUUCCCUCGCAGGCCUAUGCAGGUGUUCCGCUCCAAGCUGGACAGUGAUGCUGGACAGACGGUACAUCAACCCAAAGCAGGCUCCGGAUCCCACCUGCAGUGCGGAGCUGCCACACUGGGACGCAACACAACCUCCAAGAGGCCGCUGAUGGUUCCCAACAGUACCGGCAGUUUGCCACGGAACUUGGCUGCCACCAUGCAGGACAUAGAGACCAAGAGAGCGCUAGCCUUACAGCAGAAAGAGUCCUCCUUGCCUUCCACGUCUGAGUCUCCCUGCUCCACCAUGGACAAUCCCACAGACCAACAGAUAGACAGACAGACCUCUGAGCCUGGGAGCCACCAGGUGAUCGAGGAACAGCGGCGUCGAUUGGCUGAGCUGAAGCAGCGGGCUGCAGUGGAGGCCCAGUGCCAGUGGGAUGCGCUCCACGGCUCUCAGACCCACCUCAGCACCCAGUAUGCCCCUUCCCAUGCCCACGGACCUCCCAUGGUGCACCACUCCAUCCUGCACCACCAGCCGCCGCCGGCGGGCGAGCAGCCGUACGACACACUGAGUCUGGAGAGCUCUGACAGCAUGGACACCAGCGUCUCCACCGGCAACAACUCGGCCUGCUCCCCCGACAACAUGUCCAGUGCCAGUGGGAUGGACGCGCUGAAGAUCGAGGAGAUGGAGAAGAUGCUGAAAGAAGCCCACCUAGAGAAGGCCAGGCUCAUAGAAUCCAGAGAGCGUGAGAGCCAUGCCCGUAGGCAGAUGCUGGAGGAGGAGAGGAGGCGGCGCGAGGAGGCUGAGAAGAGGCUUCAGGAGGAGACGGUGCACAGGCAGCAGCUGGUGGACAAGGAGGUGAAGAUGAGAAGCAAGAACUUCUCCCAGGCCCGUCCUAUGACUCGUUACCUGCCCAUCCGCAAGGAGGAGUUUGACCUGCGCUCCCACAUCGAGUCAUCCGGCCACAACGUGGAGACCUCUCACCACGUGAUCCUCACAGAGAAGAUGUGCAAGGGUUACCUGGUCAAGAUGGGCGGCAAGAUCAAGUCGUGGAAGAAACGCUGGUUUGUCUUCGACCGCCUCAAAAGGACCUUCUCCUAUUACGUUGACAAGCACGAGACCAAACUGAAAGGAGUCAUCUACUUCCAGGCCAUUGAAGAGGUCUACUACGAUCACUUGCGUAUCGCCACGAAGAAAGGAUUUUUCAACCUCAAUUUGGCCAAUCACUUUUCUGAGCUCCUGCCUCCUCAGUUUGGAAGAGAGAGCCCCAAUCCCUCGUUGACCUUCUGUGUGAAGACUCAUGACAGACUCUACUACAUGGUGGCCCCUGCCCCGGAGGCCAUGAGGAUAUGGAUGGACGUUAUAGUAACCGGAGCCGAGGGCUACACACAGUUCAUGAACUAAUAGGGGAGACUUGCGUAUGUUGACAUAAGGAGACUGUUUCGGCAGGAACACUUCAAUAGAUUCAGGCCUUUCCUUCUAGCGCCUCUCCCAAUGUUGGGAAAUUGCCUUUUUAUUUUGUUACGUUCAUUAUAUCUAUUUUUAAAUCUCACAUCUCUCACUUUACAAUAGACAUUUUUUCUCCACUGGUUUUUCUACUUGCUUCUGCCCACUGAUUAAAAAAGGGAGCCCUGGAAGAGAGAGACACACACACACACACUGUAUAUAACCAAAACGACAACUGUCAGACUUUCUGCUCAAAAGCCUUUCUAUAUUGCCAAAUGGAGAUCUUGUUUUAGUUACAGGCUCUUGUGUGAGAGCUAUUUUGUGUAUCAGUAAAUGUCUUUGAUAUAUAUAUUUUUUUUUCAUACACACUAUAUGGAAUAUUGCCAAAUGACAUAACAAUAGUUUCAAACAGAUGGUCGUUUUUAUGGAAUGUUUCAAAUAGAAUACGAAGGCAUUUGCCCAAAUCUACUUAAGUUUAUCAGUGAGCGAAAGAUGUAAUCAUUUAAGAAAUGCUUAAAAGAAAUUCUAUUGAAAAUGUUGGAGAAUAAACCGAAUUUAAAUCAGUAAGACCAUGACACAACACACCAACUCAGGAGUCCAUACUUAAUUUGAGUUCCCGUCACAGAUGAAACUAGAUCUUGAUCCAUCUCUGUGAUCUUACUCUACUGCUGAACUAGAUUCCACUGUGUCCGUCUUGUACUUUGCAACUCCUAAAGACACACACACAGUCUGUUUGCCAAGUCCUGAUAACUUGAUCUUAUGAUAACUCGACCCCUUGCGUAAACAGCCAUUCCAUCACUGCCAGCCUACAACACCAGGAGCUCUAGGGACUACAUAAAUGAGACAACAGUACAUGUCAUUAUAAUAAUGUUAAUCAUGCUGUGCCUUGAUGUGUCAUAAUACUCCUAGUCUGUAACUGUUGAUCGUGCUGGUCUACAAUCUUUGUUAACAGUAUCAGAAUUCAACAGACUUGCAUGGGGAAGGGAGAGGGGAGUCUGACUGCUGUUUUGAUGCAGCAAUACACAAGUACAUGUGAAGAGUAACCUCCCCUGAAUUCCAAAUCAAGUUCAAGCACCCACUACAUCCUAUGUUCUUGUGUAGAUCUGAGAGGAUUGGAUUGGUAAACAGGUGGUUGCUCCAUACUGCUCUCUGAUACUCCAGGUGGAAUUGUCGCAAUAUAAUAUUGCUUACACUUAUCCAAUUCUUUCAGAUCUCCACAAAUGCACAGGAAUUUUGGAUUCAGGGUGCGUUUCAGCUUUAAUAGAACGUCAUGAUCUGGUAACUUGACAUAAUCAUUGUAAAGGACUCAGACAGGCUACAUGAUCACAACAACAUUUAUAAAUCACCAUCUGAAUAUCUUUUUAAAGAAGACUAUGCUGUGAUUUUGAACAUGUAAACCUGAGUGUUCAGGUUUAUUGAGAAGCAUUGUGGAAAUGUAGUUAUCUUUUUCUAUUUAUGGCUAACCUGCCUGAGAUACAGUGGUACUGUAAACCAUGUCACUGUCAAGUAGAGGAAAAGAGACUAGUGAGAAAGAGCCUUAAUAUAUUUUCCCGUUUAUAUUUUCCCGGGUGCAACCAAAUAUUCAGCAUUGGUCAGAGGUAUAUCAAAGUGUUAUAAAAAAUUAAACUUUUAUACUGUAAAAAGAUGCCUGUAUGAAAAUGUAAUUUACUCAUCAUUCAACCAGUAUUGUAUAAAAAGCAAUUUACUUGUUUUUGUCAUUUCAAAAGAAUGGUCAGAAAUCACUUAGUUUUAUGAGUUCUGUAUUUAUUGAUACAGUAUACCAUACAACUGUCUACACUCCCUCAACACUGUGUAGAACAUCUCACACACUCGCACCAUCUUCAGCUAUAUUAUGUUGACGGUACACUGUUUAUAGGGCACUUUCAUGUAUGGAUUAUAUGAUUAUUGUCAGAUCUAUUAAAACAGAAAUGUUACUGUGA